AUGACUGAUCCUGCAUUCCUGUCAGUUUCAGUGGGCGUCAACUGGACUGAUAUAAAGGUUAAGUACUUCAGUCACAGGAGCACCUUCUUCACAACCUUCUUCACAACCAAUUGGACGGAUUUCAGCAUGGCAGAAGGUACGACCAAUAGGAACGAAGUGAAAAUCCCGAAGAUCCUGGACAUUCUCGAUAAAGAUGUCUUUAAAGGUGAAAUCAUAGACCCAGAUGAGGCACGACAAACAGAGGUCAACUUUUACCGCGGGGCUCCGCCCCUUUGGUUGAAUUUCGACCUUGCUGAACAAAACACAGAUGAAGGCCGUUUCAUUAAACGGGAUGGGUAUCAAAAACUUCAUCGAGAGAUCAUGGAAAGGAAACCUGUAGUACGUUUAAAACACAAGCCAGGGAGUGGUGGCACCACAUUGGCCAUGCAGCUUCUCUGGGACUUGAGAACAUUAUUCAGGUGUGCUGUGCUAGUCGACCCCACCUUAGAAAGCUCGCUGAUCGCAUCCGCUGUGUUUAACCUCUACACUGCUGGCGAAUCCCACAACAAUAGGACUGUGCUUCUGUUGGUGCAGGGUGGAAACGUGAACACUCUCCAAAAGAGUUUUGUGGCAGAAUUGUCUGAAAGGAAGAUCGAUUCAGUUAAACCCGUUGUUGUCAUACUUAACUGUGUGAGGAUUGCCCACAUCAAUGCUGGACACUCUGCUGGAGUCAAACUCUUAGACACACUCACUGAUAAAGAGAGAAAGAAAUUUGAUGACAAAAAAGAGUGGCUUAACCGUCAGUAUACCGAGGAGAAUGGCAUUAUUCCAACAGAGUUCCAUGGCUUCAACAUUAUGCAAAGCAAUUUCUCCAAAGACUACGUCAAACGCGCAUGUGAUGUUUUCAAAACAACAGAUUGCAGGCCUUCAGUCCCAAAUCGUGGUGUCGAGUUUACCGCUUGCCUGUGCCUGUUGAACAGCUACGUCCCGGGCUCUGUCAUGCUAGAGAGUCACUGUGAGAAAUUUCUCAGUUCGUUUGAAAAGGAAAUGGGACCUUUCCGUCACCUGAUGGUCAGCUUCAAUCCCAAUGGAAUUGAUGGACAAAAGGUCCUCCGCAUGGCUCAUCCAAUGAUAGCAGAGCAGGGCACUCAGUCCUUGCAUGGUGCAGGCUGCGAAAGAAGUGAAACAGCACUCAUCUUGCUGCAAAAGCUAUGUACAGAGGAACAUACCCCAUUUCUAUCCAAGUUCAUGAAAGCCUUGCUCAUGAAACGACAAAAAGCAAAACAAUUCUCCAGAUUGAUUUUAGACAUUAAGAAUGGGAAUGCUGAGACUGGGAAACAAAGUUGUUUGUCGGUUUUAAAUGAGGCAGUCAAAAAAUUUCCUCAGACAGGAAGCUACCCCCAGACGCUUUCUCGUUUCUGUUACCGAGAGACUGAAGACUUCUUUAAUGCAAGGAAAUGGGCAGAGAGAGCAAAACAAAUCGCUCCUGAAAACUCAUAUUUCGCAGACACACUGGGACAAGUCUACAAACACUUUCUGUACAGAAAAGUCAGUGUGCUGGAGUCUAACCCAAACACCUUGACUGAAGUCUUGGAUUUGGCAACGAAAGCCUUUGAAGCAUUUGAACAUGGAGAGAUUCUUGCAGGAAAGGAACAAGAGAACAGAGACGGUUUGAGCCAACAGUCAGAAAUCUUUAACUACAUGCCGAAAAUUGCUUACUUGCAAGUUGCAAACAAGCUCUUUGAAUACAAGGGCGUUAUAGAAUCGGUAGCCAAAAGAACAAACCAAUAUCCCAAAUAUGAAAAUCUGAAAUCCCCUCUCUCUAAUCAGAUACAAGAAAGAGCAAGAUUCAUUAACAUGUUACUGAGUUACUCACAAGAGAGCUUUGAAGAAGAAAACCCAGAUUAUUUUUUGCAAGAUGCAAGAACAUGCUAUGAAGAUUACACUGGUUAUGCCUUGCCGGAGGGUCUCGGAGAAGGACCCACAGAAAAACAGCUCAGUUUUCUUCAUGAGAACUGGCAGAAUGACACACAAGAACCAGGGUUGAACUUGAAAAUGAAGGUUGAAAAACUCAAGUCCUCCUUCCACGAAACACAUGAGAAAUAUUUCAGGUCCAGGUACCUUCUACCCCGCCUUUAUCUUGAAACAAGUGACGGAACCAAGGUCAGAGUUGGCGGAGUGGUCCGUUGUUACAAAGUGUACACCACCAUGGGGGAUGAAGAAAUAGAGCUGGAUGUGGAUCCUGCCAAACAGCUGGCUCUCUGGAAGUCUGGAACAGUGACCUUUGAACUUGGAUUCACCAUCAGAGGCCCUACAGCCUACGACAUUCAGUUCCCAGAUUAAGAUGAGGAGGCGAUAACCGAAGAAAGGUGUUCUCCUAUGAUAAGCCAAACAUGGCGGCUGACCACGGAGACCUGAACCAACUGUACGGCACCAACAUUAUUUUAGAUUAUUACUUGAAUGUUGUGGCUUUUUGGUUUUGAAGUUCAGAAAAUAAUUAUUUUUCUUGAAUUAUGAAUUAUGCUAUGCAUCGAUUUUUUCUCGAAAUAAUCGUCUUAAACAUUACAUCUUAUUCUCAGUGAAUUUACGUGUGAAGAUCGUUUAUAUUUUGAUCUGCAUGCAAUACUGGCACACCGCUAAGAAUAGGAGUUAGACAAAAAAUAUAAGUCUAGCAAAUAAUACAUUUUCUUAUGAAUUAUGUCAUGUAGUGCUUUUUUCUCGAAAUAAUCAUUUUAAACAUUACAUCUUAUUAUCAUUGAAUUUACGUGUGAAGAUAGUUUAGCAUAUAUUUUGAUGUGCAUGCCACACUGGCAUACCGCUACAAAUAGGAGUUAGACAAAAAAUGUAUAACUUUUUUUAGAUUAAUGCUUGAAUGUUGGUUUGUUUUCAAGUCUGGCAAAUUUCUAAUGAAUUAUGUUAUGUAUUACUUUUUUCUCAAAAUAAUAAUUUUAAACAUUAAAUCCUUAUCUCAUUGAAUUUACGCAUGAAAAGUUUAUAUUUGGAUCUGCAUGUGACACUGGUACACGGCUAUACUGUAAAUAGGAGUCAGACAAAAAAUAUGUUCUAUUAUGAGGAGAACUGGCACUCGCGGGUUAGUUCCGGUUUUCUGGACUGGUUGCAGUAAUAAUCUUUGACCACGCGGGGCGCUCGUAGGCGAGUCCAGAAUGAAUGGGAGCCAACGGGGUUUUAUCCUCAGAAUCCACUUUUCUCACGAUGUAAUUUUUUGUCAAGUAAUUUUAAAGUUGCUAUCAAAGGGUGGGGCUAAGAUAAUAAACUCAGCUGAAUAUUUCAUUUUUUAAGGUCACGUUCUAAAAAGGCGUUAAAAACAUGCGAUGACGUCACACACUGUAAUACUGUCAGAGGUACUGCUUUACGGCAGUUUCUAAAGCACUUCCCUUGUCCCGCAACGAUAACACCAGCUGUUGGAGUCGGACCUUGAUGCUGUGACAACGGACAAGUCUUCUUCCUCUGUCCUUUUCCCCUGCCUCUGUUCAGUAUGUUCAGUGUUGUUAAAUCAUUUCUCUUUUUUUUUAUUAGUUACUGUUCUUAUUGUGUUCUUGUUAGUGUGAUGUUUGAAUAAACUUGCCUGCUGCAAUGUUGGUAUAAUGUUUGUAUAAUUACUGUUAUACAACUGUUACUGUUUCAAUGUGACCCAGACCAUAUUUCUCAUUUAACAAACAUGUGUAUCUUAUAAUGUGUUGCAUGGCAGAGCAAUUACGGUAUAUUCAAUGGCUUAAAACAAACCCAUCUGUAAAGAUCAGUGAAUGCAUAGAAAUGAAUUACAAGUGGUGUAGAUGGUUUUCCCUCUGCAAGAUCAUUAGCCCAAGUCCUACAAAAAAAUAACGACUGUAAUAGCAGAUGUUGAAGUUGUUAAAUCGUUAACUAACCAUUUGUAUGGAACAAUCGGUUAAGGUGAGUUAAGUGCUUGAGUCUCGACACUUUAGAGAAUGUCUAGCGCGCAACUUGAAUAAGCCAUGUGCGAUAUUACCCGGGCUCCAGCGCAACUUUCCUUAACAGGUGAAGCCUCAGGUAGCCUGGCUAGGACCAUUCAUACAGAGCAAGCAAGAACGUUACCUUUUUCUGUCCUUGGUAAACGAAAAGACGGACAAUCCGUUUCCACUGUAAGUGCAGUUUAUCAUUGCACAUUUACGAGGCAUUUCUUUUUUAAACUAUCUUUAUUUUCGAAAAAUAGACAAUGACAGAUUAAAUGAUAUUGAGCGGGAUAUUGACUGUAUUAUUUAAGGUGGUCAUACCGUACCUACCAUGUGGCUAUAACACAUUGAACAUUGAACACAAGAAAUGGAAGAAAUUCCAUUUAUGCCAUGUACUUUCACCAUACAUACUAUCUAAAAAAUAAAAGGACCUGCAGGAAAAUCUAAAUACAGUACUCAAAAAUUGAGUUAACACGUUUCUCAUUGCUCUUCAGCUUCAGAUGCCGUAAGAGGGGUCUCUGGUCGUAAUCAGUCGCAAGUCCGUCCCUGACCAAUCAGCAUUCAUUAGCAGAAUGCUAGCGUGUAUGGCCAACAACGGCCCAAACUGUAAGAAAUCGAAAGGACAUAAGUACUCACUCAUUUGACUUUUGAACCAUAAUCUAUAUUGAACUUGCGGAAUCUACAAUAAAAUUUGCGAUAUUUCAACGACAAGCAGGUGAAAGAGGCAUAAUUAGCCGUUUAGCCCCAUAGACUCCCAUUCAAUCUGGACUCGCCCGCGAUCAACCCCAGUGGAUGUCUCAUGGAACUA